UCGAUAACUUCUGAGCUACUUAUUUCUCUCUCGGACACUCUCUCUCUCUAGAAAUAACUCAACGAUUCUCUUUCUCUUUCAUCGCGUUCCUUACCUCGCAUCUCUCAGCCCUCCAAAUUCCCGCUUUUCUCUGCAAGCCCAACACCUCUCUCUCUCUCUCUCAAAUCGUCGUCUUUCACUGCAAAUCUCGCUCAUAUUAUCUCUUCUCUCUCUCACUUUCUCUCUCUAGAGGGGGGCGGCGACAUGGGCUGGCUCCUCCUCUCUGUCCUAACUCUUUCUCUCUCCAUCGCCAUGGCCUCUGACUCCACCGCAAUGCUCGACCUCGCGAAAGCCAUUAACCCUGUCGCCAACCUCGGCUGGACCGGUUCGGACCCCUGUAACUGGAAGAAUGUGGACUGCACGAAUGGCCGGGUCACCGCCAUUCGCCUCCCGGGACAAAACCUUAAAGGCACCCUCCCUUCCUCCAUUAACUCUCUUUCUAUGCUCUCAAUCCUAACCUUACAGGGCAACUCUCUCUCUGGUCCCUUACCCUCGUUUUCCGGCAUGUCUUCUCUCCAGACCCUAUAUCUUGAUGGAAACCAGUUCUCCUCCAUUCCUGGUGAUUUCUUCCGUGGCCUCACUUCCCUUCAAAAUGUUAGUUUAGAUGAUAACCCCUUCGAGCAAUGGUUGUUGCCUUCUGAUCUCGCCAGUGCGGACGGUCUAGUGUUGUUUUCAGCUAGCAAUGCUAGCAUUGGCGGGUCGAUUCCUGAGUAUUUUGGUGGUCUUCAGAGUCUUGAAAGCAUUCGUCUAUCCUAUAACAACCUCACUGGUGGAUUGCCGGCAUCUUUCGACAAGUCCUCGCUGAAGAACCUGUGGCUCAACAACCAGAGGGGUCCCAUGCUAUCGGGCUCAAUCAUGGUGCUCGGGAACAUGACAUUCCUCACCCAGGUCUGGCUCCAGACGAACGGCUUCUCAGGCUCCAUCCCUGACCUCUCGGGUUGCAAGUCGCUCUUCGAUCUGCAGCUUCGUGACAAUGCCCUGACUGGUCUUGUGCCCUCGUCUCUGAUGGAACUUCAGUCACUGAUGAACGUAUCCCUGCGAAACAACAAGCUGCAAGGGCCAUAUCCUCAGUUCAAGGAUGGUAUCAAGGUUGAUAAUGGGAAGCUAAACGAUUUCUGCCGGUAUGACCCCGGGGUGCCUUGCGACGAUCGUGUCAUGGUGUUGCUUGAGAUUGCAGCUGGAUUUGGGUAUCCAGCGGCGGUGGCUGAUGCCUGGAGUGACAAUGACCCCUGCUCCAAUUGGCUCUACGUGACUUGUGAUCCUCAAAAGAAGAACAUCACGGUGCUUAACUUUGCAAAUGCAAAGCUGUCUGGUACGAUCUCACCCUCCAUAGGGAAGCUCAGCUCUUUGAGGAGCCUCAUCCUCAGCAACAACAACCUCACUGGAAAGAUCCCUGAUGUCCUCGCAUCGAUGCCAAACCUCCAGAGUGUUGAUGUGGAGAACAACGACCUCUUCGGAGAGGUCCCAAAUUUCAGAAAAGAGGUCACCCUGAAGACGGAUGGGAACCCCCUUCUUGGGACCACUCCCGCACCGGGCAGAGGUGGCAGCGGCUCUGGGUCAUCUGGCGGGUCGAACUCGACCACACCUAGUGGCAUGCCGACCACCUCGAGCAUCACGGGUUCGGGCUCGCCGACUGGUGUCAUUGUGGGCGUAGCUGUGGGCCUGGCUGUUCUUAUGUUGAUUGGUGUGGGUGUUAUUUACUGUGUUCGUAAGAAGCGCCACCAAAAGUUCAGGCGUGUUCAGAACCCACCAAGCCUGCUUAAUGGUGGAUCAGUGCCAUCGGAUUUGCAAUCGAUCAAAGUUGAAUUGAGCAGUCUCAAUGGGAAUGGGAACGCAAGCGAGCAGCACAGCCGUGCUAGCAGCGGGCCUCACAUGGGUGAAGCUGCCGGUGGGAGCAUGGUGAUAUCGAUUCAGGUGCUCCGAUUGGUGACCAAUAAUUUUAGUGAGGAGAACAUUUUGGGGAAGGGUGGAUUUGGGGUGGUUUAUAAAGGUGAAUUACAUGAUGGUACCAAGAUUGCAGUGAAGAGGAUGGAAGCAGGUGUUAUGGGGAAAGGAAUGAAUGAGUUUCAGGCUGAGAUUGGGGUGCUAACUAAGGUUAGGCAUAGGCAUCUUGUGGCGUUGUUGGGUUAUUGUGUUGAAGGUAAUGAGAGACUUCUGGUUUAUGAGUACAUGCCUCAAGGGACGUUGGGCCAACAUCUGUUUGAUUAUGCACAAAACGGGUAUCCACCGCUGAGUUGGAAACAGAGGCUUACGAUCGCGCUUGAUGUGGCAAGAGGAGUGGAGUAUUUGCAUAGCUUGGCUCAAAAGAGUUUCAUACAUAGGGAUUUGAAGCCUUCAAAUGUGUUGCUUGGUGAUGAUAUGAGGGCCAAGGUUUCAGAUUUUGGGCUCGUAAAGCUUGCACCUGAUGGGAAGUAUUCAGUCGAAACUAGACUCGCGGGAACUUUUGGGUAUCUUGCUCCUGAAUAUGCUGUCACAGGAAGGGUUACGACCAAAGUAGAUGUCUUUGCUUUUGGGGUCAUUUUAAUGGAGCUGAUAACUGGUCGACGAGCUCUCGAUGAGUCUCAACCAGAGGAUAGCAUGCACUUGGUCACCUGGUUCCGGAGAGUUAUAGCCAACAAAGAGAAGAUUGGAAAAGUAAUUGACCCUGUUAUAGACCUCGAUGAAGAAACAUAUAAGAGCAUAUGCACGGUGGCUGAGCUUGCAGGUCAUUGCACUGCCAGAGAGCCACAUCAAAGGCCUGACAUGGGGCAUGCAGUUAAUGUUCUCUCUCCUCUGGUUCAACAAUGGAAACCCACAAGCACAGAGGAUGAGGAUUGUUUUGGCAUAGACCUGGACAUGCCUCUUGCUCAAGUUCUGAAGAGAUGGCAAGCCAAUGAGGGAACAUCAACCAUGACUCUCAUGGAGGAGACCUCAAAUGCCAGCAUACCACCCAAGCCGUAUGCCGAGAAUUUCCUUUCAAAGGAUGGUCGAUAGAGAGAGAGAGAGAGCAUGGUAGAGAGACAGAGCGAAGGAGGUCGAUGGAGACAGAGAGAGGAAGAGGUCAGUUCCUCACUCUUGUUUCGGUUUUUGGAGGUCCAAAUUGGAAGCAGAGAUGGGUUCUGGCCUCUUGUUCAAAGUCUCUGCCUUUGUUUGAAUGGUGAGCAUUGGCUUUCUGGUUUUACUGUUUAUGGCCUUGGAUUGUCGGAUCUCGGGGCUGGGGUUUUUGCUCUCUGACUGUUGUUUUAUUUAUUCUUUUUCCUCUUUGCCUUUCUUGUAAAGCUAACAUAAGGGUGUUGUUUGGGUUAGGGGAGAAAAGGAGAUUGCCACGAUUGAGUGAGAGAGAGAGAGACUAAAUUGAAGAUGAAUUGAAGAGUUUGAAGUGUUGUGCCCUUGGAAUAUUGUGUAUACAUGUGAGAUUCCUGUUAACAUAUUAUAUGGGAUAAUUAUUUUCUUAA